AUGGGGAUCAGCGCUCUCCUCAUCAGACUGUUGAUGGCCAUCAUGAUUCAUCUGGAUGUGCAGGAUCAGAAAGUUGCUGGUCCUGUGAUCCUGGAGAGUCCUGCUGUUCCUGCGUUGAUGGAAGAAAUUGUGACUCUGAGCUGCAGAAACAAAACUCAUUCCUCCAACUUUAAGGCUGAGUUCUACAAAAAUAGACGUUCCAUCCAUAAAACCUCCACAGGAAACAUGACCAUCCAGAGAGUUUCAAAGUCAGAUGAAGGACAUUACAAGUGUAGCAUCUCAGGAGCUGGAGAAUCACCAGAGAGCUGGCUGAACGUCACAGCAUUCAUCCAAGCAGAAGCAGGAACCAGCAGAGCAAUGUCUUCAGCAGGUCCACAGCAACCCGUAGCAGUGGAGUCCUUCUAUUCUACUAAACAAAAGAAAGCUGCUGGUCCAGAUAACAUUCCUGGAAGAGUGUUCAGAGAAUGCGCAGACCAGCUGACAGAUGUCCUCACUGACAUCUUCAGCCUCUCCGUGAACACUGAUGUCGUCCCAACAUGCCUCAUGGUCACCACUAUCAUUCCUGUACCAAAGAAGUCCUCAGUGUCCUGCCUGCGGCGACUACCAUCCUUUGCACUCACACCGAUCAUGAUGAAGUGCUUUGAGAGGCUUAUCAUGAAGCACAUUAAGACCUGGCUGCCACCCACACUGGACCAACUGCAGUUCGCCUAUCGCCCAAACCGGUCAGCAGAUGAUGCCAUCGCCACUACCCUACAUUUUGCCCUCACCCACUUGGACAAUAAAGACACAUAUACUUCAGUCCGGAUCAGUAACAGCAUCUCCAACACCAGAGCACUGAGCACUGGAGCCCCUCAGGUCUGUGUGCUCAUCCCACUGCUGUUCACUCUGUUGACUCACAACUGUGCAGCAAUGCCCAGUUUGAACCACCUCAUUAAGUUUGACACAACUGUGGUGGGUCUCAUCAGCAAGGAUGAUGAGUCAGAAUACAAAGCUGGUUCUGUGAUCCUGGAGAGUCCUGCUGUUCCUGUGAUGGAGGGAGAAGCUGUGACUCUGAGCUGCAGGAACAAGACAACUUCCUCCAACUUCACAGCUGAUUUCUACAAAGAUGGACGUCACAUCUGGAAGAGCUCCACAGGAAACAUGACCAUCGGCAGAGUUUUAUAUUCUCAUGAAGGACUUUACAAAUGCAGCAUUUCAGGAGCUGGAGAGUCACCAGUGAGCUGGCUGAAUGUCACAGGUCAGAACACAGAUGAAGAUGAAUUGUCUUCUGGAGCCUGUUACUACCUCGUAGAACAGGAGUACGCUGUAGUAGAUGAAGGCAGGCAGAAAGAGAGGACCCAAAAUGCAGGACUCACGGAGGCAGAAGUAACUCAAAAUGCUCAGGUAACUAUUGUAGAAGCAAGUGGUCGCGUUGGUGGACGGGUUGAAACCUACAGAAAUGAAAAAGAUGGGUGGUAUGCUGAACUGGGGGCCAUGAGGAUCCCAAGUUUUCACCGAAUUGUGCAAUGGUUUGCUGAUGACCUAGGGGUCAAAUUGAAUGAAUUCAUCAUGGAUAACCCUAACACCUUUUACCAUGUUAAUGGAAAGCGGAAAAGAACAUUUGAAGCACAAGCAAAUCCCGAUGUUCUUGGGUACAACGUGUGGCCAAGUGAGAAAGGGAAGUCACCAGAUGAACUCCUUCAGCAAGCUUUACAGAAGGUGAGAAAAAAGGAAGAGAGUCAAACGUCUCUGGAGUACCUGAAAGAAGAAGGAGAUCUGAGCCCCGAAGCAUUGAGAAUGAUUGGAGAACUGCUCAACGAACAGAGUCUUAUGUACACUGCACUUAGUGAGAUGAUCUAUGACCAAACUGACAUCAGUGACAGCACCAAGUACUUUGAAGUUGUUGGUGGGUCUGAUCUUCUCCCCAAAGCUUUUCUUACUGUCCUUGAUAUCCCUAUUCUCCUGAACUCUAGAGUCAAGCGUAUCAGUCACUCACACAAAGGAGUCGUUGUAUCAUACCAAACCGGACAACAGUCCUCUCUUACUGAUCUUCAGGCUGAUGUUGUCCUAGUAACAACCACAACAAAAGCAGCUCUUUUUAUGGAUUUCAUCCCACCUCUGUCCCCCAAAAAGAUGGAGGCACUGAGGGCUGUCCAUUAUGACAGCUCCACUAAAAUCCUCCUCACCUUUAACAACAAGUUCUGGGAAAACGACGGUAUCCGAGGAGGAAAGAGCAUCACAUACGGGCCUACUCGUUUCAUCUACUAUCCCAGCCACAGUUUCCAAAAAAAUAAAACCAUCGGUGUCCUCCUGGCUUCCUACACCUGGGGUGAUGAUUCACUACUCUUCCUAGGUGCAAGUGAUGAAGCCCUCAAAGAGCUGGCUCUGAGCGAUUUGGCAAAGAUUCACGGUGAGCAGGUGUGGGAUUUCUGCACUGGGGUGGUGGUGAAAAAGUGGAGCAUGGAUCCUUACAGCCUUGGUGCCUUUGCUCUGUUCACACCCUACCAACACUUAGAGUAUGCUAAGGAGCUCUUUAAAAGUGAAGGCAGGGUCCACUUUGCUGGUGAACACAUAGCCUUCCCUCAUGCUUGGAUUGAGACGUCCAUGAAAUCCGCAAUAAGGGCAGCGAAAAACAUUAACAGAGCUGUGCUGCUGAAUUCAGAGUCAGCUAAAUGUCGAAAAAGAAAUGAACUCUAG